UCCGGACCUGUUUUAUGAAGCGGCUCUUCGCUGGAACACUGGAUCAUUCGCGACGCACACUCCGAGGAAAGGAAGGGAACAAGAAGCUGUCUGAAUCCACUUUUGAGGAGUGUUAAGCGGGCCUGUUGUGGACUGAAACUCGCAGGGAUUUGUCACGCGUGAUUAAGAGACGCCGAGGUUUCUGUUGCUUCGCCAUGUCUUGCGGUGAUGCGUCGGAUCAGGAUCAGGAUCAGGAUCAGGAUCUGAGGUUCUGCGUGCUGUCUUGGACUCAGGUGCAGCGCUUGGAUCAGAUCCUGGGGGAGGUGGUGCCGAUCCACGGUCGUGGGAACUUCCCCACUCUGUCCGUGCAGCCCCGGCGCCUCGUUCAGGUGGUGCGAUUGCGGCUGGAGGAGCGUGGCGUGCAUGUGAAGGAUGUGAGGCUGAACGGCUCGGCUGCCAGUCAUGUGCUCCACCAGGACAGCGGGUUGGGCUACAAAGACCUGGACCUGAUCUUCGGUGUGUCGCUGGAAGACGACCAGGCCUUCCGUCUUGUGAAGGACGUUGUCCUGGACUGCCUCUUGGACUUCAUGCCGGCCGGGGUCUGUAAGGAGCGGAUCACAGCGCUGACGCUCAAAGAGGCCUACGUACAGAAACUGGUGAAAGUCUGCAACGAGGCGGACCGCUGGAGCCUCAUCUCACUGUCCAACAACACGGGCAAGAACGUGGAGCUAAAAUUUGUGGACUCUUUACGGCGGCAGUUUGAAUUUAGCGUGGACUCCUUCCAAAUUUCCCUCGAUUCUCUGUUGCUAUUCGACCGCUGCUCAGAGACGCCCAUGUCGGAGAGCUUUCACCCCACUGUGUUGGGGGAGAGCGUGUAUGGCGACUUCAGAGAGGCCAUGGACCACCUGUGUCACAGGAUCAUAGCGACACGAAGUCCAGAAGAAAUCAGAGGUGGCGGCUUGCUGAAGUACUGCCACCUACUGGUGCGGGGGUUUCGACCCUCUUCGGAGGCGGACAUGAAGCAGAUGCAGCGGUACAUGUGCUCGCGCUUCUUCAUUGACUUCCCUGACAUCAGCGAGCAGCAGAGGAAGCUGGAAGCUUACCUCCAGAACCACUUUGCCGGGAUGGAACACAAGCGGUACGAGUGCCUGAUGACUCUGCACCACGUGGUGAACGAGAGCACCGUGUGCCUGAUGGGCCACGAGCGGCGCCAGACGCUCAGUCUCAUCUCCAUGCUGGCGCUGAAGGUGCUGGCAGAGCUGAACGCCAUCCCGACUCUAACGAACGUGACGUGUUACUACCAGCCAGCUCCAUAUGUGCAGGACAUCAACUUCAGCAAUUAUUAUAUCGCACACAUACAGUCGCCUCAAGUGUCGCUGUGCACGAACUCCUACCAGACAUGGCUGCCCUGUAGCUGAGCACUCAGGUCCAAUGUGGACACGGCGCCGUCGCUCUGUGUCUUUUAAAGGAACAGAACUAGGAAAAAAAUUUUAGAACAACUUUGCCAAAAUGUGACUUAAUUAAACAAUCCUGUACUGCUGUACAUCUGAUUUGAGCCGACAUUUGUUUUUCCUUUCUCGCUCUCCUGCAAAACAUCUAUAAGAUUGCUGGUCAUUUCUGAGAUGUAGUGAUAACAGUAUCUUAUUUAAGUAUUACAGUCUUUUUAUACAUGUCAGAAAUCCAUUUUUGAGGAAAAACGUUGAAGCUGGUGCUAUUCUUACACUCUGGCUUCACUUGAUUUAUUUUUUUAAACUGACAAACCGGACCAAAGAUGUUUUUGUUGUUCACAAAGGGAAUGUUGACAUGAUUCCAAGUGCCUAACAAAAAAAGCCACAAAA